GAUGGAGGAUGUGAGAUGGUUGUGAAUUUUAAUAUUAUUAUUAUUAGCUUACUCAUUUUUUCCUUGUGUGUUUACAGGCUGCAUGUCCACAUGCUGAAUGGUGCACUACUGGCAUUAAUGUUCCCUGUAGUCAACACUAGACUGCUGCCGUUUGAGAAGGAGAUCUACUACAUCCAGCACUCCAUGCUGUACCUGGUGCCUCUAUACCUGUUCAGGAAAGGAGGUGUGUACAAGCCGGAGCCUCUGGGGGACAUGUGGUGGGCUCUGCUCUCCACCGGCCUCCUCUUCCUCUACCACUUCCUCUUCCUGCAGCUCCUCGGACUGGCGACCGAGGUCAACCUGAACAACAUGCUGUGCCCGGCCGUGUCCGACCCCUUCUACGGCCCCUGGUACCGGGUCUUGGCCACGGGCCACCAGACCCUGUUGACCCUGGUUCACGGGAAGGUGCUGACCCUCCUCUCGCAGCACACUGGCUCCAUGAGCAGGUUUCUACUGGACACACUCCGACUGCGCAGCAAGAAAGUCGACUGAACGUCCCUUAGGAUUCACACAGACCCAGCCUUUCUCUCUAAUGUCUGCUCUUGUCACGGAGACUUCUUCUUUUUUUAUCAACAUUUUUAAUGCAUCUUUUUAGGACUUACCAAUGUUUUACUGAAGCAAGUGAGCAUUUCAGGGCCAGUGGAUCAAUGUGUCAUUCUUUUAGUGUGGUAGUUGUACUACAUUCAUUCAUACUUGCAUGCACAAACAUAAUAUGCAUUUUAGGGCUGGUAGUAAGCAUCGUGGAGUUUAUUUUACAAUACAAUUUUGGAAAGAAGAAUUUUUAAAGUAUAUUUCUCAAGCUGCCUUUUUUGUACGUUUUCAGGACAGGAAAUAAGUCACCAAUCUGCAGUUGUUACACUUUGAGUUCUUUACUAUUUUAGCUAUAUCAUACGUUGGUAAAGCUGCCUUUUUCUCUUAGUCUCAAGUGUGUUCUGAAAAAGAUUGUGUAUGUGAGACGUUGUAAAAGUGAAUGCUUGUUUAUAGUCGGAUGUCUGUCAUGUAUGAUGACCUUCAUGUAUGAUGACCUCUGUGUUGUCAUGACUGAAAAUGUGUUCAUGUUGUCCCUCUGUUCCCAUAUGUACGUCAUGAGUAGCCUCUUUUUUGCAUUUCUGUCUCCAGCCCUCUCAGAUCAUUCCAGUUGUGAUAAUCAGGGGACACAAGGAUGUAUUACAUGCAAAAAAUAUGAAAGACGAUACAUGGAUAUACACAGGGGGGGUUCCUACCUUCGCCAAGGAGGUUGUUUUUUUAUAUCAAACCAUAUUCGUUUGGGUAUGACCGUCACUGCAUCGUUGAUGUUUGCCGAGACGGAGAAGAUCUUGAUAAAAUACGCAUUUAUCCUUGAAUUGGACACUUGGAAGAAAUCUGUUGCUCAAUCUUUGAGUUUAUCUACAAGGCACCUGAAAUCACUCCCAGGCUCAGUUUAGUGCACAGGAAACGCAUCAACAUUGGGUCUGCAUGAAGUCACUUUGGGUCAUUAAAUAACGAGCCAUUGGUGAGAAAGUAUUAACCAGCAUUGGCCAUUCAGUAAUGGUUUAUAUCAUUUCACGUGUUGGGAAUGAGUGUGUAUGUUACUGUAGCAUAUAAUACUGUACUUCACUGUAAAGAAGGGAUAAGACUUUUGUAUUUCUAUCAGUUUGAGUGUGUGUGUGAUGUACUGAUAAUAAAAGUUAUUUCAGUUCUCA